AUGGUGGCAGGUCGAGGUGUGGUGGUGGCAGGUCGAGGUGUGGUGGUGGCAGGUCGAGGUGUGGUGGGGACAGGUCGAGGUAUGGAAAAGGCAGGUCGCGGUAUGGUGGUGGCAGGUCGAGGUGUGGUGGUGGCAGGUCGCGGUUUGAUGGUGGCAGGUCGAGGUGUGGUGGUGGCAGGUCGAGGUGUGGUGGUGGCAGGUCGAGGUGUGGGAAUAGCAGGUCGAGGUGUGGUGGUGGCAGGUCGAGGAGUGGUGGUAGCAGGUCGAGGUGUGGGAAUAGCAGGUCGAGGAGUGGUGGUAGCAGGUCGAGGUGUGGGAAUAGCAGGUCGAGGUGUGGUGGUGGCUGGUCAAGGUGUGUGA